AUAUGCGCUAGGAGUAAUAUCAUGGAGAGAUAUUUAAUGCAACACAAUGCCCCCUAAACCUCAGAAACAAAUCUUGAAAAAUUGUCUUCAAGAGCCGUUCAAUUUAAGUUGGCCACAACUGGAAAAAGGUGUCAAUUCAUUUGUUCUUUCAGAGUUAAAAAGAUUCAUCCAGAAACAUCCUGAACUAAAGAAAGUGAGAUCAGCAGGAAAGCGAAAACAAUCUCAAGAGAAGUUGGAAGAUAAAGACUCGCUAAGGAAUCAUAUUUUUACUGGAAUCAACAUCAUCACAAAGAAACUUGAGAGGGGAAGUCUUGAUCUUGUUCUUGUUUGUAAAUCCGCGAAACCUACUCUACUCACUCAACAUCUCAUCCCUCUCUCCGUUACCAGAUCUUCUCCCGCUGCUUGUAUAUCUGGUUUGAGUUCGGCAUUGGGCAGUGAAUUAAAUCUGAAAUCUGUACUCGCUUUUGGAAUAUCUUUACCUGAAAUCGACACUGAAUUAAGAGCUGUUGUUGAUAGCAUAACCCCCAAAUUACCUAAAAUUGAUAUACCUUGGCUAAGAGGGUUGGAAAACGAGAAUCAAACUGUGGAUUUUUCUGAGAAUGGAAACAGAAUUUCCAAACCUGAUUUAGAAGAGAAAAAUUCUGUCGAUAACGAAAAAUUCACUCUGCUGCCGACAAAAAUCUGUAUCAACCAAAGUAUUGCUAACAAAAAAACGAAAAAGGACAAAAACAUUAAAAACUAUUAAAAAUGGCCGACACACGGCGUCGUGUGAA